AACAAACAAAUGCGCACAUUAUGUACGAUUCCAUUUGAAUAUAACACUAGUAAUCAUAGUAUUUGAAAGAUAGCCAAAACAUUAUCAAGUUAUUUAAAUUGAAAUAAAUUCAUUCACUCGUUCCGAAUCCAAUCGAAUUUCAAAACAUUUACCACAAUAUAUUUUACUCUGAAAAUCCGGCGAACAUGUUUCAUUUUUAAUUAAACGUCACUGAAUUAAAUAGAAGCAAUAGCAAGAAUUACAUAAAAGUCCAUUUAAUAUGGAUUUACAAACGCUUUUGAUGGAUUUUAAUCCAAGCAAGUUCGUUGUGCAUAGCUGCCUAUUUGUAUUUGCAAUAUUAUUCACACUACGAAUGGAUAACAUAAUAAAUUGGAGCUACUGGGCCGUUUUCAUGCCAAUUUGGAUAUGGAACGCGAUCGUUGGUCUUGGAGCUCUGUGUGGAACAUUCGUUUGGUGUCGGAAUCCCCAUUAUCGACUUGAAGGUGAUUCAUACGUCCAUUUUAAAGCAAUGCUCAUUUCAUUCUCACUGCAUCUCAUUUUGCUGAUGUUCGAGCUCUUGGCAUGUGAUCGUUUGACGUCAAAUAUGACGACAAAUCCGCAUCCAUUGUGGGUUAUUGUAUUUGUUCCGCUAAUAUUCGGGAGUGUGGCAAGUGUUGGGGCGUGUGUGUGGUCCGUUAAACAUGAUCGUUCAUUUGAAUUGGAACUAUUCAUGGCUGUUAAUGCACUGCAGUUUGUAUUCCUUCCUUUGAAAUUAGACGAAUUGGUUUCUUGGACAUGGGAAGUGGUUUUUGUUCCACUUUGGAUCGUUUUGUGUUUAAGUUUAGUUGGUGUACUAUACAGUGUAAUAUUCUGUGGAAUUUUGCUGCGAACACCGGAGGUAUCACAAACGCAACGACGUACAGCGAUUAAUUCGGCAAUCGGAAACUCUUUAACGGUCAUUCCAAUUUUAGUUUAUCAAGUUUUACUCGCCGACAAAUUGGAUGGUGAUUUGACAUCACUGCCAUAUACAGUUAUAUCUAUACCACUUUUUAUGGGAUUGUUCGCCUUGAUAUUGCUCAGUUUCAAUUCAAAGGGUGGCAAUAAAUGGUGGUUCGGUAUACGAAAGACGUUCAGCCAGUUUCUAUUGAGUGCAUUGCCAUGUCUUCAGGAAUACGGAAAUAUUGGUUACCACAAUACAAGAAAUCAAAGUGUACCGUUGGACUCGACAACGGACGCUGAAGCAGGCACUCGUAGUAAAUCGAAAGAUAUAUUGAACAAAAAGUGCGAUCAAAUGAAACCAGUGGUUCCGAUUAUCAGCAUCGAUUUGCCCGAUUAAAAUACGAAUUCGAUCUCUAGACGCACAAAACACACACUUUGUUUAAGUUAUGUACAUCAACAUUUUUGGUUCUUAAUUCUCAUUCAUUCGUUGUAAAGUUCUUUUAAACUAACCAAAACAUCUCAAUUUAUGAGUGAAUGCAUGCAUCAAAUUUUACUUUUCGUUUAAACUACACCGAAACACGUAGAUUUUGGUUUAGAUAGUGAGUUCAGUUUUCUUCACCCCGAAUUCAUUCGAAUAAAACUAUAAAUAUAUUUGAAAGGUUGAAAAUGUUUUAAAAAAAAGAGAGAAUAUAUUUAUAACGAAAAGAUAGUAUUUUUUAUAUAUAUAAAUCAGCGAAGAACUGAUGCGAUGAAUUGUUGAAGUAAAAUCGUAAAGUUUUUGCACUUGUAAGAAUAGACACAUAAAGCAUAAAAAUGUACAAUAUCAAAUAUAUUUUUUUCUUUUUUAAUUUCA